GCACUCCUGGGAGCCAGAUAAGAAACCAGUAGACACCAGCACGCUCUCACUUCCUCUGCUUUCUUUCUCUGAGCGACCAGUCUCCACUCAGUCUACAGAAUGAAGGGCAUCUCUUUGACUGGAUUCCUAAUCCUCAUCAUUGUGCAGAGCAGCUGGCAGAUUCCCACUCAAGACACGGAGGAGAACUCCAGUGUGAUUUUAGAGGACACACUAUUCAAUAAUCCAGCAAGUAUGAAGAGGCACUCAGAAGGAACAUUCUCAAAUGAUUACAGCAAAUAUCUGGAGACAAGGAGAGCCCAGGACUUUGUGCAAUGGCUGAUGAACUCAAAGAGGAGUGGUACCCAAACGAGACGGCAUGCAGAUGGCACUUACACCAGCGAUGUUAGCUCUUACCUGCAAGACCAGGCAGCUAAAGAAUUUGUGUCCUGGUUGAAAACAGGGAGAGGAAGAAGAGAGUAAGACACUCCAUUCAGCAAAAGAGAGAAGCAAUUCAUACCUUUCAUCUUGAAAACAGAAAAACACAGAGAGAGAGAGAGAGAGAGAGAGAGAGAGAGAGAGACACCGCUUGUCCUGCUCGACCAUCUUAUUCCUUUAUAUCAUGUUUUAUAUAUAAAAAAAAAGUUGUGUCGUUUUUUCCCUA